AAUUUAGAAACAGGGAGCUGUAAACAUGAAAGACAAUACUGGCAACGUCUAAACAAAAUGGAGCCUUCUGAUUUCUCCGACAAGCAGGAAAAUCCGACCGAGGGAUCGCCCUACCCUGUCCCAAAGGGUGUCGCGAAAGCUAACGCAUUUCAGCCACUUGAGGUUUCCGACGAAAAGUCUCCUCUUCUUUCUCAGUCAGUAACGGCGGACGUGAUCAAGAAAUCGACUGAAAAUGAAAAUGCCGUCAAAACUCCUCUGCGCUUCUACAUACUAGGACCAAUACUCUUUUUCAUGAUAUUUUGCUUCAGUACCAAUUCCCUGAUCAUUACACAAUACGUUUACGAUGUCAUUGAAGAGGAAGAAUUUCCCGGUAUACAUUUUAACAAAAGUGAGGAUGAAAACCGAUGCUAUGAAAAUAAAACUUCUCAGGAAUAUCUAGACCAACAGGAGAUUCAGAGACUCGCCUCCACUUAUAUCAUAUAUGUAUCGCUGAGUUCCGGAGUCCCAGGAAUAUUCUCUAACCUCGUCUUCGCAUCCCUGAGUGAUAGGUAUGGACGGAAACCGUUUAUAUUUAUAACCGCUACUGGGACUUUUAUCGCUUCAGCGAUGCUUGCGGUGGGGAUAUACCUCAAAUGGAACAUAUACGCCUUGCUUGUCUUCCAAUUUGUUGGCGGAUCCACUGGGGGUUGGAUUGCUUCUCUUUCGAUAGGAUUUGCUGCCGUAGCGGACAUCACCCGAGCAGGAAAGUCGAGAGCCUUUGCCAUAGUGUUGAUAGAGAUAGCGGUGGGCAUGGGGGCCCUGGUGGGGUCCGCCCUAUCUGGUUACCUCAUUGAUGGCGUGGGUUAUUACAAGGCUAUGAUCAUCAGUGCUUCUGUCGCCUGUGUUGCAGUUAUGUUUUCUCUCAUUUUCCCAGAAACUCUGAAAAAAGAACAUUCACGAAAGCACGGUGUAUUACAGACAUUUAAGAAUAUAUUUUUGUUUUAUACUGAGGAUAUUUCAUCUGUUGGAAAACGGUGGAAGUUCUGGGCAUGUUUGGCGGCUCUGUUCUUCAGUUUUCUUUCUAUUUUUGGGAAGAUGGGCAUUGAAACAUUGUAUCAGUUGAACUCGCCGUUCUGUUGGACGCCGGUAAAGGUGGGCUGGUACACAACCCUCCGGAUAGGACUUCCUCUCGUCAUUGGUAUGGGACUUGUCAAGCCCUUCCAGGCUUGUAUGCAGGAGCACGUGAUCGGUAUCCUGGGGUCCUUAUCCUAUAUAGCAGGCUACGUUCUGGAGGCACUGGCGACCAAUGAACUCAUGAUGCUAAUAGUUGCCUUCAUCAGUUUUAUGGGUGCUUUACCUGUGCCGAUCAUCAGAGCCAUCAUGUCACACAUGACACCUCCAGAACAGCAAGGUACCCUGUUUGCCGGCGUGGCCGCUGUAGAGACUAUCUGUGCUGUUUUGGGAAGCGUGACUGGCAACGCCAUCUAUGCCGCGACGGUUGAUUGGUUCCGAGGUUUCACAUUUCUUCUGUUCGCUGGCUAUAACGUGAUAGCAGGUGUUCUUAUCGUAUUGUUAUUCCUUGAUUCUCGAAUGCAGAAGACAGAAGAAAAUGUGCAUACCAAACUUUGCUAGUGAAGCAAAUACUGUACAAAAAUUAACAAAUGAAGCAAAUACUGCACAAAACUUAACAAGUGAAGCAAAUGAUGUACAAAUUUCAAGAAGUGAAGUAGAUAUUGUUCAAAAUUUUACAAGUGAAGCAAAUACUCUACAAAACUUUAUAAGUGAAGCAAACACUGUACAAAAUUUAACAAGUGAAGUAAAUGAUGUAUAAACCUUAACAGGUAAAGUAAAUACUAAAAAACGUAGCAAGUGACGCAAACACUGUACAGAAUUUAACAAGUGACGCAAACACUGUACAGAAUUUAACAAGUGACGCAAACACUGUACAGAAUUUAACAAGUGACGCUAACACUGUACAGAAUUUAACAAGUGAAGCAAAUGAUGUGCAAAACUUUAUAAGUGAAGCAAAUGAUGUACAAAACUUUAUAAGUGAAGCAAAUGCUUUAAAAAAACUUAACAAGUGAAGAAUAUACUGUACACAAUUUUCAAGUUAAGCAAGUACUGUAAAAAAAUUUUACAAGUAAAGCAAAUACUAUGAAAAUCUUUACAACUGAAGUAAAUAUUGUAAAAAAAGAACCUUGAUAAAUGAAGGUGAGUGUCAUGAACAAAGUGGUCCAUUUGAAUAAUUAUUGCAUUCAAAUGCUUUUGUGAUUUUAUAUCAUAUUAUUUAAGCCCUGAUAUCAUGAUAUAUAUAUGUAUUUCUGCUGUGUACUUACCAACAAAAGUAGUCUGGCGCGUGGAAAUACAUUGUUGACAGUGUGGUCGAUGUCACGAUUCGGCACGCACACGCUUUAAUCUAUUUUUUUACAUUUUGUGAAAAUAUUUUUUAUAAGACAUGAUACAAGUCGAAACAAUGAAUGAAUUUGAGCUGUAAAUGAUUAAAAACUCACGGAAAUGGAAUAAAUAGAUGAUGAUAUUGUGGAAACCAUAUUCUGUUAAUAUUUCCUGUAAUGACAACAUUCCCACCAAAUUAGAACCUGCUGUUUGGCUGUUCCAUCAGAUGUCGGACUAUUCUGUCAGUGCGUAUAACGUCAAAAUAAAGUAGCGUAAGUAAAAAAAUGAAUAAACCCUCAAAAUGUAA